AUGGCAAGGACGACCAAGGCUAUGGUGAAAGGGGAGGUAACUCAGCUCAUUGCCACUGACAGAGACCUCUGCGCCACACCAAAUCAUCCUCCUGCUGAUUGUCAACGCGUGGAAUACGUCAUCAUUCAUACUGGCUCAGAGCCACCCUUCUUCAAGAUUACACCUCAAGGGGUUAUUCACUUCCAAACGGAGAGUGAUUUUGAUAUCUGGAGAUUUAUUAAAUCAGCUACAUUCACAGUGGUGGCAAGAAACUACGGCGAGUUUAAAGACGCGAAUGGAUCGACGGUGGUACAUGUGGAGAAUGGAAUUCCAUAUGGUGUUUUUGAAGUGCCGACACACAUGGAUGCAGCCAUGAUCGAAAAUUUCGAUGUAUAUGGGCCGCGAUCUCGAGCAAUGUCGGAGGCAAUGACCCAGAUCCUGGAAAUCUCAAUCACUCCAACGAUUGUCAAUUCGGCGACAGUCACGGUCGAAAUGACCUCCGAUGCCUUUUUCGAAGGCGUCUAUCCUGCACGCGCACAAAUGUCUGGUUUCAACGGUGGAAUCACAGUUGAACCGAAUUGCAAGCCGGUGUUGACGCGAAGAAAGGGAGAGGUGAGAUUGACACAAUACGGAGUAACGUCGAGAACAUCUGAUGCGGUAAUACGCUGGCAGAUCUACCUCCAAUUUCCAUUUCCUGCUCCACCUUGUGUUUCCAUCGACCUGGCAACUACGAUAGAGGGGUUGAGCCACCUGCGAAACGUCGAACUGGAAUUCACGAAUCCCAAAGUUGUGCCACGGGCUCAUGGAGUCGCUGCUUUCACUAUAGACCCUCUUGGGGUGUUUCCGCUGGGAGGAAUCGGAACUUUCCGUGUCGUUAUAAAACCGUUCGGGUUCACUCUCUCCGAUUACACAUUGGAGUGCCAUGCUGAAGUUGCCGGUUCAGGUAAAAGGUUGCCGAGUAGACUGAGGUUCGGUGAUUGGACUGCCUCACACGCUGUCUUCCCAAACGUCUACUCGACUCGCGGCUGGUGCGCAGGGAACUCGGUGAAUUUUGGCAAAGUUUUUAGUCCUGAUUCUCAUCAACGCGGUAUUUCGCUGACAGCUGAGUUGGCCGUUCUUGCCGAUAUCCCAAACAGCACUCGGGGAAGCGUCCAGUGUUUGCUUACGAUGGACAAGGCUACUUCACGAGUUUUCACCAUCGGCUUCACCACGACAUCGGCCAUACCUAUUUUGCAGCCACCUCCUUCGAGUUCAUCGGCCUGGAGGCUUGAGGUUCUGGACGUGCUCAGGCGAACACCACUCAACAGACCACUUGGUCCGGGGGAGGUAGCACUGAUUGCGUUUGAGUUCACUGUGCCACCAUACGCAGCCGUGAGGGCAUCGCCAACCAUUCAGAUUGAGGGCGGUGAUGAUGAUGAUGUCACACUCGAUUCUCCACAUAUUCUCGCAGUCGACGAAAACAUCUACUGGGGUGACAACUAUCAGAAUUGCAUUACGGAUGACAACAUACGACAAUAUCCAAUCAGGAGGUACACAUUUAACAUGGGGACUCUACUCGCCAGCAAUGACGUCAACUCAAAAAUCACCGUGGCCUGCUACCUGAGUGUGAAAUUCUCUACACAACUGUCGUCUGCAAGCAUUACCGUGAAGGGCGUCUUGGGAUACCACAUCGUGACAGCAGCCAUUGCGCUUUCAAGCUCAUCCAACGCCUAUCUUGGAGAGCCGUUCGACAAUGACGACAUUUCAGUGUCACUUGUGGGACCGAAUGUUACCGAAAUGAUGUCCAGUGAAUACGAGUCCCUCAGAUUCGCCUUCUGUUCAGAACCCGAAAUGUACUUCAACAACUUGCGUUUUGAGGUCUACUCCGAAGACGAUUCUCACGAUGAGGAAAUUCUCACAAUGUACCUUCUGUCGUAUAGUGCUUCUGUGAACUAUCCAGGUCUUCGUUUUGCUGUGCAGAAGACAUUGAUGGAUAGAAGGAAGCCUAGUGGUGAGGUUUGGCGUCAAAGAAUAUCGCUUGGACCAGUGUUUAACUCUGGCUAUGCUUACCAGUUGGAUCAGCAGAAGCCAGAACCGGACGCUGACUGCAUCGUCUUAACAGCGGAGAUUCAGCUGACAAGCGGUCGAGGCGCUAACGUUGGAAGCAGACAUCAUGUUGUUGCGAAAGCCAUUAUUAAUGACAAGAUAGAAAUAACAAAGCGAACAAUCAUUGUCGUGCGAGAACAUCCCAGGCCAUUCCUCCUCGUGAACCUGGGAUUGGUCAGUCCGCCCGUCGUGAAUGUGAGAGUGUUCUUUGUGGACGUCCAUGCACAGUUAUCAGAGCAAUCAACACUCGAGUGUCACAAAGCCUCCUUCUGGCUCUUGCAUGGUGGAAUGUUUACCGUCAAUGUGGCAGCGGCAGUGGAUUUCAUCAGUGCCAGAGUUAAUCUCGUUCCAGUGUCCAAUGGAACAGGUGUUAGAGUGUUUGACGGCGGCAUUUACUUUGGUGUGAGUGGAGUCAUUCGACUGGUACUCAGGCCACUGCCACACGUGGAGCUAGACAAGGACGUUAACGUUGACGUGGGCGGGAUUUUGCGGUGUUACACAUACAGGCGACCGCAGGAUAACCGCGACCCCAUCUUCAAUCCGCCAAUCUACUUCAGCCAGACGGUGCGACUAGUUAAGGCUGCAGGUGGCGCAUCGUCGGCUAUGCCGACUUUUCUACCUUGGGCAAUUGUGCUAGUUGUAGAACAUUGUAGCGACUGCGCCUACUUGAGGCUGAAGCCCUGCCAAGUGAGGGUGUUUGGCGUGAGAGGGGAUUUUGCGGACAUCCUGCUCCAUUCCGAUAACCCCACCAGACAUUGGACGACUCACGCCAGGGGCGGUUACCACGGCAUCUUUCGCACCGUGACUGUUCUCUUUGGACAAGUGGCUCACAUCAGCGCUAUCACUGUUAAAAUCAAAGAGAAUGGAAAUAAGCCACGUUCGAUGGUUCUCGAUGGGACGCGAGACGGCAAGUCAUUCUACUUCCUCCGUAAGGUGAACGUAAUGUUUCAAAUGACCUCGCCGGAAACUAAUGUCACCUUCGACACUCAGCCAGGCGUGCGUGGUCUUCGAAUAACACUUAGUGAUCUCGUUGAUGAAGACGAGGUUGUACACCUGAAGAUGGGCUUUUACGGCUGGUUGGAAUCAAAAACAGAGAAAGAUUUUGAUCCAUGCAGAGUGCAGACAUCGGGCUGUUCGGAUGGACAGUGUGCAGCAUCAGUGGCUCUUCGAAGCUACGUUGCUGGAAGGGACUUCAUAGUCCUCUGUGAUCUAGUCCCGGAUGCACUCGUAAAGAACCAAAUCCAUUCCACCUGCUUCCGCGCUUUCGACAGCGCACCAACCAGAUGGCGCGAUUUGGAUAGCCGCAUUGCUCACGUAGUACAUUACAUCCCAAAGGAGAAUGUGCUGUUGGCCACAUCCGGCUGUGGGAAAGAGUUCUUCCUGAGCAAGAAUUCUGGUGAAACAUGGGUUUCAAUCGAUCGUCGACACUUUCUGUACUGGAAAACGUACCUCGACACACGCCCCAUGGUAUCCAUUCCCUGGACAAUUCUACCUCCAACUUUUCAGCCGUUAUCAACAGGUCCAAAUUGUACAGCUUAUCAGGUUCGACAGUGGCACUGUGAGUUCUCGUUGUGA